GCAGAUGCGACGCCAUUUGCUGCCGGCCGUGCGUGUGUAAAGUAGGUCUUGGAAGGGCUCGGUCUCGGGACUCUCCCGCGCACGCGACCGGCCUCUCGCGCCCGCUUGGUACCGCGGGGCUCCACGCGUUACCCCUCGCCCCCCUUGGAGGAAUCGCCACCGCCGCCGCCCGAGUAAGAGUCGGAGUCGCCGCGAGGCCUCUGCUCCCGCCAUGCCCAAGAAUAAAGGUAAAGGAGGUAAAAAUAGACGUAGGGGUAAGAACGAAAAUGAAUCCGAAAAAAGAGAAUUGGUGUUCAAAGAAGAUGGGCAAGAAUAUGCUCAGGUAAUCAAAAUGUUGGGAAACGGGCGCUUAGAAGCAAUGUGUUUUGAUGGUGUAAAGAGAUUGUGUCACAUCAGGGGGAAAUUGAGGAAAAAGGUUUGGAUAAAUACCUCAGACAUAAUAUUAGUUGGUCUACGAGAUUACCAGGAUAAUAAAGCUGAUGUAAUUUUAAAAUACAAUGCUGAUGAAGCGAGAAGUCUGAAGGCAUAUGGCGAGCUUCCAGAGCAUGCUAAAAUCAAUGAAACUGAUACAUUUGGUCCUGGAGAUGACGAUGAAAUCCAGUUUGAUGACAUUGGUGACGAUGACGAAGACAUUGAUGAUAUCUAACUUGACCUCAACAUUCUGCAUUCCAACUUCUCUGAGGAUUGUUCAACAAUUUGGAUUUCGGCUGAGGCCUAUAAAAGAAGAUUAAAAUCCCUUUAAUUUGAAUGCAGUUGGGUUAAAGCAUACUGAUUUGUUUCUAAGGUGUUUCUUUAAAAACCGGUAGUGUUGAAUUAAGUGAAAUAUUAAGCUCACUUUGUUCUUCGGGUGUAAUGGAGUUUAUGGGUAAAAGAGAGAGCACAUCUACUAUUUUUGAAAAGAGGAAAAAAACCUUUCCUAUUUUGACCACUUCCAGUAAAUAAAUGGAUGCUUUAAAUAAACCAUUUGCCCUAUACUUAUCACUUAUAAGUAAGCCCUAGUUUUUACUAGCCUGUUGACUGUACAGUGUAUUUCUAUAUAUUUCAGUUACCUGCAUGUAUCCUUGAGGUUUUGAACAAAAUUAAGGGAUGCAGAAAUCUGCAUUUGAAAUCAGAAAUAAUAGAACCUGGGUUUUAAUAGCAAUUUUGAAUUUGUAAGGUUAGUAGUUGCAGAAAUUGAACACUAGGUGGCACCUCUUAACAUUGGAAAUACUGAUUUGGUUGUAAAUUUUUUUUUAAACUCUGUACAUACGAAAUAUCCCAACCAAGAUUUUUUUGAUCAUAUGCAUGUAUGUUGAAUAUUUUUACAGAACUAAAAGAGUAUUGUCAUUUUAUUUCAGAAGUUAUAUGUGUAAGCUACAAUUUUAAAUGAUUUAUACACAUGACUUAUGUAUAAAUGAAAAUUUCGUAACAACUUGUGCAAAUUAAGCCCUUUUCAAAUGAUCCCUAAGCUGGGAAAAGAGGCAAGAAUAACAACUUAAUGAAAAGAUAGUCUCCCAUUUCUGAAUGGAAGAGCUACCAUGGAGAAUAUAAUAAAGACAAUGUCAUGCUGCACAGUGUAUUAUAUAUAUACUUUGUGUUUAGGAUAUAUUUUAUUGUGUGUACAGAAUGUUUUUUUUGGUAUGUUAUUAGGAAUUUAGAUUCAUCCUUUCUCAUUCAGUUUUUCAUGGCAACUCUAGUAAAAUGAAAUUAAAGGCUAGACUAGUUAGACCUCACUAGCCACAUUGAAUUUAUGUGCAACUUUAAAAGAAAGAUCCACCAUGUAGCAUGUGAUACUUUUAUUCUGCUGGUCUCCAGAGAACUUUGCUGUGACGAAAAGUAAUGUAAAGGAAUAAACCUUCACAUGGCCUGCAAAAAAAACAAAUCUCUCAUAAGUGUGCAAAUUCUGGAAUCAAAAUCUGUGGAUCUAUAAAACAUUGUUAAAGAAUAGAAAUUUUGAAUGGACAUUUAUAGUUUGUGUUUCUUAUUUGGCGUUCUUGAACACUUACCUAGUUAGACGGCAUCUGAGCUCGUGGGCUAGUUUUUAAUAUUUAAAAGAAACCAGCCUCUUAAGAAUUAUCAGUAGUGAUUGUCUGUCUCAGUAAUCUAAACCUCCUAAGAUAUUUAGGCUUUUAUACAUAAAGGUGUUGUGCUAAAUUUGUGGUAUAUGGGAGGUGGGCAAAAGUAGGUUUACAGUGGGGGAAAGAAUACAAUAAAUAAAUAAUACAAGAACACUUUCAUGUACCUGCAACUGUAAAGUACUUUGCCCACCCCUGUAUAAAUCCUUCCAUGUUAUUUUACCAAGAAUGUUUUAACUCUGUGUCUGUGAUACAGUUCAUAGUAGGGAUGGUGUAUCUCAAACAUCUUAAGUUUUUCUACUUACCUCCUCAAAUAAAUAUGGUUUAUUUAAAGAUUCUUUAAAACUUACAACAAUGGCCCAAAUCAUACAUUUGCUACUAAUUUUUUCUUUCUUGCCUUGGAAGUAACAACUCGGUGUAGUGUUGCAUCCUUGAAAAUCUGAAAUCAUAAUACCCAUAAUUGAAAUAGUUGGGCUGAAAUUGUAGCUUAUAUCAACACUACUCGGAAUUAUUUUAGUAACUUACUUUUCAUGUGGAAAUGAAUCGUUUCAUCGAUAUAUUUCAAAUGAGCAAUGGAAGUGGUCCUUAAGAAAAGGUUUUUUUGUUGUUGUUUGGUUAUACUCUGAUUUGUAAAAUACAAUGCUAUAAAUUGUUCUCUGAAAGAAAAUAAAAUGUUUGAAAUCCAGAUAAUAGUCUUACUGUUAAGAGGUGUAAUAGUUAUUACUAACAAACUUUAUAGGCUUGCAUUUUUCAUGUAGUGUUUAUUCCACUUCCAGUUAGAGUAUAAAUAUGCUGCAUUACAAAAGAGGCUAAAUAACCAAACCAAGUGUUUGUGUGAAAAAAGACUUGCCAAGAUUUAUUUGUUGAAUCUUGAACAUCCAGCCUCUUAAAGAGAACCCCUCUUAAGGAGCCUGCAAACUAUGCAUGAUGAAAAUUCUUGCAUUUUAUUAAGGAAUGGCCAUUGGUUUACUCAACACAUCUUAGGGUAUCAUAGCUAUAAGUUUAGUUGCUUACAAAACUCUUUGUGACUUGUGGUUAAACUUAGUCUCAUAUACCAUGUAAAUAUUAAAUUAUAGGAUGUUGAAUAACAUCUUUAAAUUGCUGUCUGUAUUGACUAAAGAGCAACUGAGUAAUCCAUUAGGUAGAAGCAUGUUUCAAAUGAAACCUAGGUGGAUUUAUACUUUAUUUGUAUUAUUUACAGAUUUAACAGCAUUCAGUAUUAACUGUGGCUUGACUGUUAAAGUAUCAGAAUGCAGAUGAGGUUCUUUAUGUUACCUGACUGUCAUAAAGAUGAAAAAGAUUUGUAUCGGUAUAAGGUGUUAAGAUUUUUUUAUCCUGCUUUGCAAGGAGAAGUUUCAUUUAUGCUGUUUGGACUCCCAUGAACUUUCACACUACCUAAAACUACCAUCAUUUUUAUCCUUGCUUUUUUUUUUCUUCCUAUUCAGAAAAGUAUACAGUCUGAAUUAAGUCUUACUAUAAGUGUGAUAAGACACUAGCCUCUCCAAGGAAUUUGGAGAGUGUAUUGGACUAUGUCCUCUCUUCUCCCCAGCUGCCAGGUGCUUAGAAGGCAAUGUGAGGGAGAGUGAAGAGCAUGGGCCCUGGAGUCAGCCUGUGUCCCAAACCCCACUCUUCCUUUUACUUGCAAGUGACCACAGGUACCUUCAGCUUGUCUCAGCUUCAGGCUCCUCACCUGUAAGAUGGGGGUGACAAGAACAGUACCUGCAGAGUCACAGAAUUGCUGGGAAUUAAUUUGUGAUUCAUACAUGUAAUGAACGUAGAGCCGUGUCCACUGCUUUUCAUUCAAUAUCUAGGAUUGUGUGUGAUAGAAUAUGCGUGUCUUUCAUAUUCUCUAUUUACCAUUUCUUUUACUUGUAGUCUUAGGUUCCUGUAAUAAAAGAAAUGUAUAGGUAGAAUAUAUAUUUGUAUAUUCAUGUUGACACUAUUUAAAAUAAUUGCUACCACCUGGCCUGGGUGGUUCAGUGGUGGAGCAUCGACCCAUGAACCAAGAGGUCACCCAUUGGAUUCCUGGUCAGGGCAUAUGCCCGGACUGCUGGCUCAAUCUUCAGUACGGGCUGUGCAGGAGGCAGCCGUUCAAUGUUUCUCUCUCAUCGAUGAACUAUUCCUCUCUUCCCCUCUCUCUAAAAUCAAUAAAAACAUUUAAAAUAA